AGAUCAAAUUCUGAUUCCUCCUUCCGACUAAAAAACCAUUUCCAUCAUCGGUUUCCUCCGAUACAUCUCCUCGUCGCCGUUCUUCGGAUUUUCACUCUUCUGCUCGAAAGGUCUCUCACUCUUCUCUUUUUUAAUCUAUUGAAAUUGAAACUUCCCUUCUCUUCUCUUCUCUUCUCUGUAGCACUCCUGCUUCUAGUUUAGCUGCUCUUCUUCUUCUACUUGCUGCAACAACUCCAAAUCAUCAUUUCUCUUGUUCCAGUAUGUUUUCAAAUCGUUUUUUUUUUUUUUUUUUUCUGCUUUUGUUUUCUUUUCUCUCCUUUCAGGGCAGUGCUUGAGAAUCAUUGAAGAAGGUGAUCGCUGGUGCUGUUUUGAUAACUCAAAGCCGUUUUGCUGAAAGAGGGUUACCAAAGUUAGAAGCUCAAGAACUUGGAGCUGUGUCUUCUUUUUGUAUCAUGCCAUAUUUUAUUCAGAGGCUUUUCAAUACUUGCAAGUCAUCUCUCUCACCUAAUGGUCCUGUGUCUGAGGAGGCCUUAGACAAGGUUCGCAAUGUCUUGGAGAAAAUCAAGCCGUCUGAUGUUGGUCUCGAACAGGAAGCUCAAUUGGUGCGUAAUUGGCCUGGUCCUGGGAACGAGCGUAAUGGAAACCAUCAUUCUCUGCCAGCAAUAAAAUACCUUCAGUUACAUGAGUGUGACAGCUUCUCGAUUGGAAUUUUCUGCAUGCCACCUGGGUCUAUCAUACCACUUCAUAAUCAUCCAGGCAUGACAGUGCUAAGCAAGCUUGUUUAUGGUUCAAUGCACGUUAAGUCAUAUGAUUGGGCUGAGCCUGACCAAUCAGAGCUAGACGAUCCAUUACAAGCAAGACCCGCGAAGCUGGUCAAGGAUAUUGAUAUGACUUCCCCUAGCCCAGCAACCACUCUAUAUCCAACAACCGGUGGCAACAUUCAUUGUUUCAAAGCCAUUACUCAUUGUGCAAUCUUCGACAUCUUAUCUCCUCCAUACUCUUCUACUCAUGGCAGACACUGCAACUACUUCCGAAAAUCCCCAAUGCUAGACUUACCUGGUGAGAUUGAAGUGAUGAAUGGAGAAGUGAUCUCAAAUGUGACAUGGCUUGAAGAGUAUCAACCUCCAGAUAACUUUGUGAUAUGGAGAGUUCCGUACAGAGGUCCAGUGAUUAGAAAAUGAGAAAUACAAAAAGGAUUAAACAUAUUAAAAAAGAGCAGAAAGAGAAAGGUGCUUAUGAUCAGGAGAAUAAUUGGUAAACCAUUCAGAGGCUGGCUGCAUAAUGGUCGAGGUUCUUACAUAAUUGUGACCACAUUAAGUUCCAGCCUAUGUCGUUGUAUGAUAAUGUUUACUACAUACAACUUUAUGAUUACUUCACUAGUUUAAUAUUAUAAUUUUUUCCCCCUAUUUUUAUAUGCAGCUACACAAAAAAUUGCUCAUAAACAGUGUUCUAUUUAGUUAUCAUAAAUUUUGUUUCCAUUG